UAAUCUAUGAUGACCACAACACAUGUUUUUGUUGGAUAUUUGUUAUACAUCAAAGAGAUUAAUAAUAAAAUCGAAUAAAUCAUUUAUUAUUUACAUAAUUAGUGGAAAUAAGGAAGAUGCAGGAAAAAAAUAAAGAGCGUGAAAGUCUCGGAGAAAAAAUUGCGGAAAUUUUAACUCCAGUACCCACAAUUUUUGAUCCUGAAGAUGACGUAAACGAAGAAACCGUUGCAAAGGUAGUAGAAAACGUUUUUGAAGAUGAAGAUAAAAAUGAAAAUAUCGGUGAAAAACUGGGCAAAAUUAGACAGAGUUUCAACUUUCUAGAAGAUGUUGAUAAACGUUACACAGGAACUAAAAGUAGUAGAAAGAACAUUGAAAAUGAAUCUAGUUUUAGUGGUUCAGAGGAUUUAAAUGAUGACAAUAAAGAAAUAAGUGAGGAAAGCUUUGAAGAACAAACUUCAAUUGAUGAAGACAGUGAAGAAGAAGACCAAGAUUCUGAAACUGAAGACAACAAAAGUGAAGUAUCUGAAGAUGAAAGUAAAAGUAACUUUAAGCAUAUUAAUGAUAUUAAUAUGAAAACUCAAGUUUCAAAAGGAACAAGUGUUUGUAAUCAAUUAAACAUCUGGGAAAGUUUAAUGGAGUUAAGAAUUCAAAUGCAAAAAUGUUUGAUAGCAUCAAACAAGAUGCCUCAGAAAGAUCAUUUUGAAGAAAUCAAACAGCAAAGUGGAUCUGACUUUGCAAAUAAAGUUUCAGAUACAAAAAAUACAAUAAUUAAAACAUUAGAUAAACUAUUACAAUUACAAAAAGUUUUAUUAAAGCAGUAUCCUGAAACUAAUAAUUUAGAUAAGAAGAAAAAACAAAUUGUACAAACUGAAGAUGGUGAUGAAGAAAUUCCUAGUGAUACUGAAGAUGAGCAUUUUGAAAACAGUGAUGAAGAACAAGAAGAAAGUCCUAGAAAAAAAAUGAAACUGGGUGAUUAUGAAAAAGAAAUCAGUAAAACACAUGAGUUAUAUAGGAACUAUCGAAAUGCCGUUAUACAAAAGUGGAAUGAGAAAACUAAAAUAGCUUCUGUAAAGCAUAUAGUUCCAGUUUAUUCAGUUGUUGACCAAAUUCAACACAUUUUGAUGGAUCGAGAGAAAUUAAUUAAGAGAAGUCAGCUGAAGAAAUCUAAAUAUGAAAUUUUGGGUUUUAAACCUAUGGAAAAAGAUAUAAUUCCAAAUUUAGAAGAAAGUAAUCAAUCACAAGUUGCAGAUGAAUAUAAUAAUAACAUUUUUGAUGACGAUGACUUUUAUUAUCACUUGUUAAGGGAGUUGAUUGAAUAUAAGUCUGCAGAUGUAAAUAAUCCUACACAAUUAGGACAGCGAUGGAUUCAUUUACAAAAUUUAAGAAGCAAAAUGAAAAGAAAAGUUGAUACAAGAGCUACAAAAGGAAGAAAAGUGAGAUACACUGUUCAUUCUAAAUUAGUCAAUUUUAUGGCCCCAAUAGAUGAAGAAUUGAUUACUGAUGAAGCUAAAAAUGAACUAUUUGGUUCAUUGUUUGGAAAAAAGCAAUUUUUUGGAAAAUAAAGCAUUUUAGAACA